AUGGCCGCCCAAGGAGAACCCCAAGUCCAGUUCAAACUCGUGUUGGUGGGUGAUGGUGGUACUGGCAAAACGACGUUCGUGAAACGUCACCUGACUGGUUUUGUCAACGCUCCCUGCAUCUUCCCAUUUACCUACGGAGAGGUAGUCCACUACAGCUGCACCUCCAUCAACAGUGAUUAUGCCUGGUGUUCUCUUGACAGCAAAUUCAAAGGUAGAUGGCGAUACUGCACUGGGCGUGACCCUCCCAAGUGUGUCUUCCCCUUCAUCUACAAGGGUGCUUACCACUACAACUGCACCAAGAAAGGCUACAUUUUGAAUCGGAGUUGGUGCUCACUGACGGCGAAUUACAACAAAGAUGGGAAAUGGAAGCAAUGUUCUCCUUACAAGUAA